UCUUUUUGGCAUUCUUUUUCAUACUAUAUCAAUUUUUUAAAACAAAAGUUAGGCAAUAAUUCAAGUAUUUGUUGAGGUUAUAAUGCCGAAAGGCUUCUUCAAAAAGACGUUGAUUCGUCAUCCUAAACUAUAAUCAACCCCUAACCCUUUCAAUUAUUAGAGAGAGAAACAACAAUAUGACUAGAUUCAAAUAAUCAUAUUUGGAGUAUCAACAUCUUAAAAAAUCCCAACAGAAUUCCUUGAUUUUCCUAAAAGUUAAAGUCAUACCGCACCAUCAUUGUAUAACAAUGUGUAAAACACUCGUUCUUACGGUUCUAGACUUAAAAUUGUUUAUGUAUCAGAUAUCUCUAUCGUGAUUAUGUUUCGAAUGAGUACAACUAAUUUUUCAUGACCACGAACACUCUUAGCAUCAGAAAAGAAAACUGUAAGAUAAUAUUACUUAGUAUUUAUAACUGACACCCAAUAAAAAUGCACUAAAACAUGUGACUUAAAACAUUUUUUUAUUCACACAUGGAGAAUUAGAUUCUUUCCUAAUGACUUUUUUAUUACGUAACAUGAUUAGGAGUCUAAUCAGUUGAUCCACUCACUUCAAAUCCAUAAUAAUAACUAUGCAUGCCCCAAAGUAAAUAUAUAUUAACAGUAGCUAAUUGCUAAUGCCAUUAUCAUUUCAUAAUUACACAUCCAAUCUUAAUCUCUUAUGUUCUCCACCAGCUGUUUCAAAACCAGCCAACAAACUUUGAGAAGAUCAUGAAGCCAAGGAAUGAUGUACUCCUGAUGGCAAUAGUCGUGGUGUUGUGCUAUCGUUAUGUGGCGGCACAACCCCACAAGACGUAUAUUGUUCACAUGGACAAAUCCGUUAAACCAUUGGUGUUUCCUAAGCACCUGGAAUGGUAUGAAAUGUCUAUGAGAUCGGUAUCCAAGUCCGCACAUAUGUUGUAUGCCUACGACAAGGUUAUGCAUGGCUUUUCUGCAAGGCUAACUGUCGAGGAAGCGGGUUUGCUUAAAAAACAGCACGGGAUUAUUUCGGUUCAAGAAGAGGUGAUAUACAAGCUUCAGACGACUCGAUCACCUAAGUUUCUUGGGCUAGAAAGGAAUGACAUGAUGCUUUCUGGGUCGGGAUCCGGUAGUGAUGUCAUCAUUGGAGUGGUGGACACGGGUGUGUGGCCCGGAAGUAAGAGCUUAGAUGAUACGGGUUUUGGACCGGUUCCCCGUUCAUGGAAAGGCAAGUGUCAGAGCGGUCCAGGGUUUAAUGUAACCAGCUGCAAUAAGAAACUAAUCGGUGCACGGUAUUUUCCGAAAUCGUAUGAUAUUUACGGGUCAAUUGAUGAAAAUCUCGAGUCCAUGUCUCCUUUGGAUGAUGAUGGACACGGGACACAUACCGCAACUACAGCAGCAGGGUCUAUAGUCACCGGGGCAAGUUUUUUCGGUUUUGCAAAAGGAAAAGCUCGAGGGAUGGCCCCACGUGCCAGGCUGGCAGUUUAUAAAGCAUGCUGGACCGGUGGAUGUUUUAGCAGUGACAUAUUAGCUGCAAUGGAGAAGGCGAUCACAGAUGGUGUUCAUGUAUUAUCACUCUCGAUAGUCGGUACACUUACUGAUUACCCGAACGAUAUUAUAGCUUACGGAGCGUUUAAAGCAGUAUCCCAUGGAAUAUUCGUAUCAUGCUCUGCUGGCAACGAUGGGCCAGAACCUCUAACCCUAACAAAUGUCGCCCCGUGGAUGGCUACAGUAGGAGCAGGAACUCUGGACCGUGAUUUCCCGGCUUACGUUACCCUCGGGAAUGGAAAGAGAUUAUCUGGUGUGUCACUUUACACUGGAAAACCAUUACCGGGUUCAUUGAUUCCACUCGUUUUUGCUGGUAAUUUGAGUAACAUGACAACUGGCCAUCAAUGUGUACCAGGUUCGUUGCCACGGGGACAUGUUACUGGGAAAAUUGUGAUAUGUGAACGCGGGGAGACUUCCCGGGUGGAAAAGGGGAUGGUGGUGAAGGCGGCUGGUGGUGUCGGAAUGAUAUUAGCCAACAUAGUUGGUGAAGACCUUAUGGCUGACCCCCAUCUCAUACCAAGCGCUGCUGUAGGUCAAAAAGCUGGUGAUGAAAUCAAACAAUACGUAGUCUCGGAUCAUAAUCCAACGGCUAUGAUUACAUCUGGAGGAACUCAAUUAAGCGUCCAACCCGCACCGCUGGUUGCAGGGUUCAGUUCCCGUGGUCCAAAUCCGCUCACACCAGAAAUACUCAAACCUGAUUUCAUAGCACCAGGGGUGGAUAUCUUAGCUGGUUGGACCAAUAAAGAAAGUCCCACCGGCUUAACCGAAGACCCACGGCGUGCGGAAUUUAACAUUGUGUCUGGAACGUCAAUGUCCUGCCCACAUGUAAGUGGGCUAGCCGCACUACUCAAAGAAGCUCACCCAGAAUGGAGCCCAGCGGCUAUAAAGUCGGCACUUAUGACCACCGCAUAUAGCACAUACAAAAACGGUGAAGGGUUGCAGGAUGCUGCAACUGGGAUGCCAUCAACACCAUUUGAUCACGGUGCAGGACACGUGGACCCCGUUUCAGCCCUUGAUCCUGGUCUUGUCUAUGACGCCUCUUUUGAUGAUUACUUGAGCUUCCUCUGUGCUUUGAACUACACUUCUAGUACUAUUAAAAUGUAUACAGGUGGACGCUCCACGUGUAAAGCGGGAAAGGAAUACAGAGUAGAAGAUCUUAACUACCCGUCGUUUUCAGUUCCUUUGACGACGGCUUCGGGGGAAGGCGGAGGACGCAGUGUAGCAACUAUUGUUAAGUACACAAGAAGUUUGACAAAUGUGGGCCCACCUGAAACUUACAAGGUUUCGAUACUGUCAAAUACAAGGGCUGUAAAGAUCAAAGUUGAGCCAGAAGAGCUAACGUUUACUGAGAAAAACGAGAAAAAGGUGUACACCGUGACAUUCACUGCUAAUUCCAUGGAAUCGGGAACUAACAGUUUUGGUCGUCUGGUAUGGUCUGGUGGAAAAUAUGUUGUAAGUAGUCCUAUAGCGUUUAACUGGGUAUGAUUACUGUAAAGUAUAUUGUAAUAUUGCUUAGAUCAAGCAAUGCAAAUUAUUUGCCAUCAACGCAAAUUAAAUGAAAUAAGUUUUUAUAAA